GUGUGUGUGAUGCAUGUGUUGUGAUGGGUCAAGAACUCCGACUGACUUCGAGCGAAUCGAAUCUUUUAAACGGUUCGCUUCGGUUCAAGCGAAAGCUUGAUUAAACACCGGUAUUUACCGCUUUGUUUUUGUUAAAAGUACGCAUAUCGCAUGAAAUAUUGCCGGUUUUAUGAUCCCAGGUUUUUUUGCGGCUCGAUUCAAACAAAACAUUAAAAAGAAUCUAUUUAACAGAACGAAUCAUUUCGCGAAUCGAAUGCGUGGCGUGUGAAUUAUCAGGCGGCGCACGUGGUUCGUGGUGGGAAACACACGCUGGUCUUCUGUCCGUCACUCAUUCACGACCAGAACACCCCAGGAUCCCGGCUGUAGCCCGCUGUUCAUCAGAAAUCACAGUUUGUCCAGCAGACGUGAUGGCGGAGCGCGUGCUGGUCAUCGGCGGCGGUGGACGGGAACAUGCGCUAGCGUGGAAGUUAGCUCAGUCGCCGCACGUUCAGCAGGUGCUCGUAUCCCCCGGCAACGCAGGAACCGCCAACAACGGGAAGAUCUCCAACUCCGAGGUGUCCGUGAAUAAUCAUGCGAUUUUAGCUCAGUAUUGUAAGGACCAUAACGUGGGGCUCGUGGUGGUUGGUCCAGAAGUUCCUCUGGCUGCUGGUGUUGUGGAUGACCUGAUGGCCGCUGGAGUGCUGUGUUUCGGUCCGUCGGCGAAGGCAGCUCAGCUGGAGGCCAGCAAGAGUUUCUCCAAAGCCUUCAUGGACCGUCACAGCAUUCCCACGGCGCGCUGGAGCUCCUUCACCGAGCCGCAGGACGCCUGCAGAUACAUCCGAGGUGCUGAGUUUCCCGCUCUGGUGGUGAAGGCCAGUGGUCUGGCGGCUGGUAAGGGAGUAGUAGUCGCUGGGGAUCAAGACGAGGCCUGUCAGGCUGUUCUGGACAUCAUGAAGGACAAGGCGUUCGGCUCUGCGGGCGAGACGGUGGUGGUUGAGGAGCUGCUGGAAGGAGAGGAGGUCUCUUGUUUGUGUUUCAGUGACGGUGUCUCGGUGUCACCGAUGCCUCCGGCUCAGGAUCACAAGCGUCUGCUGGACGGAGACCAGGGGCCGAACACGGGCGGGAUGGGCGCCUACUGCCCCACACCACAGGUUUCCGAGGACGUUCUGCAGGAGAUCAAGAGAACGGUUCUUCAGAAGACGGUGGACGGCAUGAGAGAAGAGGGAACUCCGUAUGUGGGGGUGUUGUAUGCGGGGCUGAUGUUGACUAGCGAGGGACCGAAGGUCCUGGAGUUUAACUGCCGCUUCGGUGACCCCGAGUGUCAGGUGCUGAUGCCGUUGCUGGAGUCAGAUUUGUACGAGGUGCUGAUGAAGACGCUGCAGACGGAGCUGAGCUUCGGUCCGAUUCGGUGGCUGCGGGACAGUGCGGCGGUCACCGUGGUCAUGGCCAGCGGAGGAUACCCGGCCGCGUAUAAGAAGGGUCUGGAGAUCACCGGUUUGUCUCAGGUGUCCGAGAUGGGCAUCCAGGUGUUUCACGCGGGCACGGCUCAGAAGGAAGGGGGCGGGGUUGUGACGAGCGGGGGGCGUGUCCUGACGGUGACCGCGGUCCGGCCCACUCUCCAGAGCGCUUUACACAGCGCUAACGAAGGAGUCGCGGCGAUUAGCUUCCCUGACGCCGUUUACCGCCGAGACAUCGGCCACCGCGCCAUCGCUUACCUCAGCCGCAGCAGAGGACUGACGUAUAAGGACAGCGGGGUGGACAUCUCUGCAGGGAACAGGCUGGUGGAUCUGAUCAAACCUCUGGCCAAAGCCACGGCUCGUCCAGGCUGCAACGCGGAGCUCGGAGGCUUCGCCGGUCUCUUCGAUCUGAAAGCUGCAGGCUUCACGGACCCGAUCCUGGUGUCCGGGACGGACGGGGUGGGGACCAAGCUGAAGGUGGCUCAGGCGAGCGGCGUCCACGGCUCUCUGGGUCAGGACCUGGUGGCCAUGUGUGUGAACGACGUCCUCGCUCAGGGGGCGGAGCCGCUCUUCUUCCUCGACUACUUCUCCUGCGGCCGCCUGGACGUCCGAGUGGCGUCGUCCGUGAUCUCCGGCAUCGCAGACGCCUGUCAGACGGCCGGCUGCGCUCUGCUCGGAGGUGAGACGGCGGAGAUGCCGGGUGUGUAUGGGCCCGGUGAGUAUGAUCUGGCCGGGUUCUGUGUGGGAGCCGUGGAGCGUGGAGUGAUUCUGCCGAGACUCAAGGACAUGACGGAGGGAGAUCUUCUGCUCGGCGUCUCCUCGUCUGGUCUUCACAGCAACGGCUUCAGUCUGGUUCGUCAGAUCCUGCAGCGCAGUGGCCUGCGUCUCGACUCGCCCGCUCCCUUCGGACGCCCCGGACAGACCGUCGGAGAAGCUCUUCUCACUCCCACGAAGAUCUACAGCCGUCUGCUCCAGCCGGUCCUGCGCAGCGGCGCCGUCAAGGCCUUCUCUCACAUCACCGGAGGAGGACUCCUGGAGAACAUCCCUCGAGUUCUGCCUCCGGAGCUGACGGCGGAGCUGGACGCCUGCCGCUGGAGGAUCCCGGCCGUCUUCUCGUGGCUGCAGCAGGAGGGCGGUCUGUCUCUGGACGAGAUGAGCCGCACGUUUAACUGCGGUCUGGGCGCUGUGCUGGCGGUCAGUAAACCGGACGCUCAGCGUGUGCUGCGUCUGCUGCAGGCCCAGGAGGAGGCCUGGAUCGUGGGGUUCCUCGUCCACAGACCGCCCGGAGCUCCGGCGGUCCUCAUCAGGAACCUGGAGCGGAGUCUGAAGGACGGUCCGAGUCGUUCUCCGGACACCAGCGCUCUACAGAACGGAGCGGACCUCGGAGAACAGGCCUCCCGCCGAAGAACCAGAGUCGCUGUCCUGAUCUCAGGAACCGGAACGAACCUGCAGGCGCUGAUGGAGCAGGCGAAGAAGCCCUCGAGUUCAGCCGAGAUCGUGCUGGUCAUCUCCAACAGACCGGCCGUCGCUGGACUGAAGAGAGCCGCUCUGGCCGGCAUUCAGACACGGGUGGUGGAUCAUAAACUGUACGGCAGCAGAGCCGAGUUCGACGGCACCAUCGAUAAAGUCCUGGAGGAGUUCGGCGUGGAGCUGGUGUGUUUGGCCGGUUUCAUGCGCAUCCUCACGGGAAACUUCGUCAAGAAAUGGAGCGGGAAGAUGCUGAACAUUCACCCGUCUCUGCUGCCGUCCUUCAGAGGAGUGAAUGCUCAGAAACAGGCUCUUCAGGCCGGAGUCAGGCUCACCGGCUGCACCGUGCACUUCGUGGCGGAGGAAGUGGAUGCGGGAGCGAUCGUGGUCCAGGAGGCGGUUCCCAUCCUGCUGACGGACACCGAGGACAGCCUAUCAGAGCGCAUCCGGGAGGCGGAGCAUCGCGCUUUCCCAGCAGCCCUGGAGCUGGUGUCGAGCGGCGCGGUGAAGCUGAGAGACGACGGGAAGCUGGUCUGGAGCCCGAGCGCUCAGGGAUAGAUCCUGUAACACUACUGUACUCCACAUUCCACUCAUUCCUGACAUUCUCUGAUGACCAAUAGUUCUUGAUGUAGAUGAACUUCAUUCUGUGCAUGUAACACAUCUUGAUCAGUAUUUGCUCUUUGCAUUAAACUUGCACUGCCCUGA